AUGGCGAAAACACGUGAAGCGACUCCAGAGUCCCUGGUCGAGCCCCAGGAGAUCGAAUAUCAUUAUCUGGAACUGGAUACACCCUUGCCUACGCCGUGCAUCGCUUUGCCCCCACAACCAGGCCAAUCCUCCCCGCCAGAGGCUCCAAGCCUCGAGAAAUACACCUCGCCAUUUCUCUGGCCCAAAUGGCGCAAGUCCAUGAUGACGAGCAUCUCAUGUGGUGUCACGGCGUUGGCAGGUUACUCUGCCGGCGAAGUGAGCCCGGCUUCGGAGGAGCUGUGCAAAGAAUGGGCCAUCAGUCCGGUGGUAUACAAUUUAAGUAUCACACUGUUUUGUUUCGGGUUUGCAUUGGCACCCAUGGUCCUUGCCCCGUUCUCCGAAAUUAAUGGACGGCGACCGAUUUUUGUUGCCAGUGGAGUCUUGUUUGUUGCGACGCUGGUCGCGUGUGGCGGGACACACACCUUUGCAGGUCUCUUGGUCGCUCGAUUCUUCCAAGGGGUAGGAGGUUCAACCUUCUCCACCAUGGUUGGCGGCGUGAUUAGUGAUAUCUAUCAUGCCGAAGAUCGAAACACCCCAAUGGCGCUCUUCGCCGGCGCAGCACUAUUUGGAACCGGAUUGGCACCUCUGUGUGCCGGGGCCGUUGUGACUCACACCACUUGGCGAUGGAUUUAUUAUUCCCACGCCAUCGUGUCGGCCGUCUUUGUACUCAUUAUCUUUGUCUUCUUCAAGGAGACCCGCGGGAGUGUGUUGCUCAGUCGCAAGGCCCAAGCUUUGAACAACUACUACGAACAACUCGAAGACGCAGGACACGUGGGCGUGAUCAUGUCAAGGCCCGAUACCUCAGACGAGAAGUGUGUUCGUCGUAUUCGAUGGAAGGUGAAAAGCGAUGAGCAGCGGGCCUCGUUGGCUACCAUGAUUUCGGUGUCGCUGUAUCGUCCGUUCCAUAUGCUUGUCACUGAGCCUGUGGUAUUCUUCUUCUCCCUCUGGGUCUCCUUCAGCUGGGCCACGCUCUACCUCCAGUUUGGCUCUGUUCCUCUCGUCUUCAGCGCCAAUCACAACUUUAACGUGCAGCAGACAGGUGCUGUGUUCACAGCCAUGUGCGUCGGUGCCCUCCUCAUCACCGUCAUCAGCGUCUGGCAAGAAAAGAUCGCUGCACGAUUCGGAUGGCUGCACUCAUCCGCAGAGUCGCGCUUAUACUUCGUCUGCGUCGAGUCCAUUCUGCUCCCCAUUGGUCUUUUCUGGUUCGGCUGGACUUCCUUUUCUUCCAUCCAUUGGAUUGUGCCCGCCAUGGCCGUUGGAUGUGCCACCAUGGGCAUCUUUUCCAUCUACCUCGCUACCUUCAACUAUCUGGCCGACACAUACCAUAGGUCGGAACCUUCUCGGUGGCGUCUUCCCACUCGUCACAGCGGCCAUGUUCAACAAUCUCGGCUUCCCGGGAGCAUCGAGCCUCUUGGGUGGGAUCGUGAGUCUCUCUCUAUUCAAGUUGUCCUCUCCAUCGCGGAUAACGGAACUAACCAUAUCUGGGCCGGAAUAAAGGGCGCCCUUCUUACUCUUGUCCCAUGGGUACUGGCUUUCUACGGCCCACGAAUCCGCGCAAGAAGCAAGUUGGCCAGUGAACUUGCGCAUUGA